AUGAAUAAUUGUCCUGAUCAUAAUAAAAAGUAUAAAAACAUUUGUUUUGAUUGUAAUGUUUUAAUGUGUGUUGCAUGUGCACCACAGCAUAGAGAUCAUUCAUUCGAUCAUAUCAAUAAUAUUAGAGAGCAAAUAAACAUAAAUAUUAAUAAUAAUAAUAAUAAUAACAAUAAUAAUAAUGACAAUAAUAACUAUUAUAAAGAUUCACCAACAUUUCUUAAUAUUCAAUCAACUAUGGAAUCAACUUUCAAUUCUUUGAAAUCAAGUGUAAAGGAAUUUCAACAGCUUCAACUUACAGAAGAUGAAAUAACAAAUCGAUUCAAAGAGUUGCAUGAAUUCCUUGCCAUUGAGGAACACAAACUAAAGAAGCCGAUCAUUAAAAACAAAGAUCAAUUGGAGCAUCAAAUCGAACAGAAUAUCCAAAUAAUGAAAUCAUUGAAUUCAAUCAAUAGUCAUUUUAUAAAUGAUGUGAUUGAAGAUGUUGACGACGUUGAGGCUAGUCUAUCUUCACACUUUUCCUCCACUUCCUCUGCUUGUACCUUUUUACCAGAUACAGCAAUAGCAACAACCGAUCGAUACCAAAUAAAAACAAUCAUAGAAACUAUAUCACAAAGUUCAAAUCAUACGGAAUUCAUUCAGUUGAAUAAUAAUUCGAUAUUCAGUUUAGCAGAUCACAAAUUCGACGACCAAUCAUUGUUGAAUCUUUUAGUUGAACACAAUAUCUUGAAAUUGAAUCAUAUUCAACUCAACCAAUUCGAGCAAUAUCAACUGACAACCAAUCAUCACCAAUUAGAUCAAUUCAAAAAUCAAUUCCAAAUCAUUUUCAAAUUGAAAUCACUCACACAUCCAAACAAACCAUCAUUUAUUUUCUCGACUGACACCAAUCACAAACUAUCAAUAAUAAACAUCACCGAUAGAAAUAAUAUUCAUUUCGAUUACGUAAUCGAUAUUCCUGAGAUAGAAGAAGCGUUUCUGUACUAUACAGCUGUCACUGUCAAUGAAAAUGUAUAUCGAUUCCGUGGUAAUAACAAACCGAUCAAAUCGAUAUUAAAAUAUUCAACCACCACUAAAGCAUUCAUUCCAUUCCAAAUAAAAGGUAUUGAGGUGUGUGGAGAUCCCUCGGUUUGCUACGAUGACAAAGAUCAUAUCUAUCUGAUCUACUCUAUAACAAAUUCCACUAAAGAUAAGGACAACUCUCUCAUCUACCGGUUCAACAUUCAUACCCUACAAUUCGAGAGAUAUUCUACUAUUCUUAAAUGUGUAGCACACCAUCAUUUCAUAUUCCACUUUAAGAACUGCAUCUACAGUGUUAUUCCAGAUGCAAAGAAGAUAAUCAAAUUCGAUAUCGACACCAAGAUAACUAUUGACCUACCGAUUAAUCUACCGAAAUACCCUAAAAGAGCAGCGUGUACAGAUGGCAAAGGUAACAUUUAUAUUCUCUCUGAAAAUAGAUUUGAACGAAUCAAUAUCGAAAGAUAUGAGGUCAAGCAAUUGGAUAGAUCUUUCUUUGGUAUUCUCAGUCACAGAUUAGUCUAUCAUCAGGCCAAUGACAACGAGUCCUAUAUCUACUCACUCCAAGGAAAGAAUUCGAAUUUUAUGUAUUCAGUUGAACUAAACAAAUGGGAACCAAUACUUCACAAUGAUCAAUCAAGUAGAAAAGGUGCCAACACUCUAUUCCAACUUUAA